CGGAGCAAAGGUCCGGACGCUCCCUGUUCCUCUUUCCCUGCGCCGCGCGGGCGGGUGGCCGUGCACGCGGCUUCUCAGAGAGACGGGCGCGCGCGGGGACCCAGCGGCCGCGCGCGGGUUAUCUGAAGCUCUCAAAAUGUUUGCAAAAGCAACAAGGAAUUUUCUUAAAGAAGUUGAUGCUGAUGGUAACCUGAUUUCAAUAUCAAACUUGAAUGACUCUGAUAAGUUACAACUUCUAAGUCUAGUGACCAAAAAGAAGAGAUAUUGGUGCUGGCAGAGACCCAAGUACCAGUUUUUAUCCGUCACCCUGGGAGAUGUACUCACAGAAGGGCAAUUUCUGAGUCCAGUGGUCGUGGAGUCAGACUUUGUGAAAUAUGAGGGCAAGUUUGAAAACCAUGUGAGUGGGUCCAUCGAGACGGCUUUGGGGAAAAUCAAGCUGAACAUUGGCGGGAAAGGUCUGGUGGAGAGUCAUUCCUCAUUUGGGACUCUAAGGAAGCAGGAGGUGGACCUGCAGCAACUCAUCCAGGACUCGGUGGAGCGAACAAUUAAUCUGAAUAACCCAGUGCUGCAGCAGGUGCUGGAGAGGAAGAACGAGGUCCUGUGUGUGCUGAUACAGAAGAUCGUGACCACGAGCAAGUGUGUGAUCUCUGAGCAUGUGCAGAUUGAGGAGAAGUGUGGAGGCAUGGUGGGGAUCCAGACCAAGACUGUGCAGGUGUCAGCAAUGGAGGAUGGGUCUGUCAUCAAGGACACCAACUUAGUGCUGGAGAUCCCAGCUGCCACCACCAUCGCCUGCGGUAUCAUUGAGCUGUAUGUGAAACAGGGUGGCCAGUUCGAAUUCUGCCUCCUCCAAGGGAAACACGGGGGCUUUGAGCAUGAGAAGAGAGAGGACUCUGUCUACCUGAACCCCAUGGCCAACCGAGAGUUUGUAUUUCUGGACAUGCCUGAUGGGGAACAUGAGAUGUCGUCCCAGGAUGGACCACUACAUGUUUUAAAACAAGCCACCCUGCACCUGGAGAGGCGCUUCCAGCCCUUUGCGGAGCUGCCGGAGCAGCAGCUAACAGCACUGUGCCGCCUCCAGCAGGCAAUCCUGUUCGACGAGGAGCUACUCAUGGCCCUGGAGCAAGUGUGUGAUGAUGUGGCCAGUGGUCUCUGGUCCCCACAGGCUGCACGGGCAUUGGAGGAGCUGACAGUCAGUCAGCAGCAAGACCUCACGACCUUUCUGCAGCUAGUAGGAUGCAGGGUACUGAGUGAGCGUCCCGGUCCUCAGGAUGGGGUCAGCAACCAGAAGCUCUUUACAGCAGCCUACUUCCUGGUCAGUGCACUGGCAGAAAUGCCAGAUAAUGCCACAGCUCUCCUGGGUACCUGUUGUAAACUCCACAUUAUUCCUAUGCUGUGCCACUUGCUCCAUGCUCUGUCAGAUGACGGAGUAUCUGACCUUGAAGACCCCAUCUUGUCUCCUCUGGGAGACCCAGAGAGGUUUGAGAUUGUUCAGUGCUUGUUUGCCUUCGCCAACAUCACCCUGGAGAGACUGCAGUCAUCUGUGAGAGCCACCAUCCCGAAGGACUCUCACAUCCUGCUGCUAAUUCUUCAGAUUACCUUAAGUGGGCUCUGCGCUCUAGGCAGAGAACAUGAGUAAUGUCUCCAUUCAUUAGAAAUAAGGCUACUGGCCAAUGCUGGGUGCUUUUCAGAUUGAGGAAAUACUUUGGAAUUUGGAUCCUAAGCCUGUUAAAAGUUGCUCAGUGAACUCCGAAGCACUGUAAACCCUUUUAUUUUCAUCAGAGGCCUACUGUGCUGAUGAUAAACAGUGAUCAUCGACAUCCAAGGUAGAUUCCAGCACCUGAGUUGCUAAAGGAGUCACCUAGACCUGUUCUAUAAUGGACCUAUCUACCACUUAUAUUCUCUACUCAUUUAUUAUAGAAAAAUCCAAAAUUCACUUGUGAAUGCCAUAGGAAAUCAACUUCUCUUCACACAAGAGGUGACAUUGUGGACAUUCUGUACAUUACUUGACCCCUGAAAAAUGAACUGUAAAUGCUAUUUGAGUAUAUGAAGCAAAAUUUUAUUAAAAACCAUCUAAUUCCAGUCCCCUAGCA